CCCUAUAGGGCCAUUAAAAAAAAUUUUUUUUGCAAUCUUCUUUCCUAAUUUCUUGUUCCAUCACAGAAAAGUGGUAAUGGAUGAGCUAAAACUAUAGCCUUCCUUUUCUUUUCGUUCCUUUGAUUUGUUCUUUUAUUGUCUUUCAGCACAAAAGCUAUGCUGCCUCAAUCAACAUUGAAAAUGCUUCUAAAGCUUGAACAAUCUUAAGAGAAUUGACAGCUGGGAACCAUGACUGUCUGGCUGAUCUCUCUGAGUAUUGAAGUACUGUUUUUGGCAGCCCCUCGCCCGAGUCUGCGCGUCCACCCUCGGGAAGGCAGCCUCGCGGGCGGCACGUGGCUCACCAUUGACUUGGAUGGUGUGCAGUCAGGUGUCCUCCAGCCCGCCAACGGCUCUCAGCUUGAGAUACACCUGGUGAACGUGGCCCUGGCCACACUGCCAGCGGUGCCCUGUGAUGUCUCCCUCGUCUUCUGGGAUUUGCCUGUGGUGAUAUGCCAGACCAGAUCUCUGCCGUCUGAGGGACACGCAGGGCUGUAUGCCUUGCAAGUGCGCUCCGGGGGACGCGUGGUAGACGGCCCAGGACCGGAGUCAGACGGCAACUGGACUUUCGAGUUUUCCAAGGUGCAGACACCCCUUGUUUAUCAAGUGAGUCCGUCGAGUGGAGUUCCAGGAACGCUCAUACAGGUGUAUGGUUGGAUCAUCACUGGGAAGCUGGAAACCUUUGACCUUGAUGAGGAGUACCUCGAGAGCCCGUUAGUCUUGGAAUCUCAAGGAGACAAGUGGGUGACCCCUUGCUCUCUUAUAAACAGACAGAAUGGAAGCCGCUAUCUCGCGCGGGAGGAAGGUGGCCUUGGCUCCGUGCAGUGUCGCGUGGACGGCAACUACAUCGGCUCCCAGAACGUCAGCUUCUCAGUGUUCAACAGAGGAAAGUCGAUGGUGGACCAGAGUGCAUGGCUUGUCAGCGCUAAGCAGGACCUUUUCCUCUUCCAGACUCACUCAGAAAUUCUCUCCGUGUUCCCGGAAUCGGGGAGCCUGGGCGGAGGCACAGACAUCACCAUCACGGGAGACUUCUUUGCGGCUCCCGCCUGGGUCACCGUCGCAGGCGUCCCCUGCGACGUGACACGCCUGUCGCCCCGGGAGAUCGCAUGCACCACCCGGGCUCCGGGGAAGGGCGCCAGGCUCGCCGCGCCUCAGGCAGGCAACAGAGGGCUUCUGUUUGAAGUGGGAGCUGCUCCCGAGGGCGCGGAGCUGACCCCAGCCAGCCCCGGCUACCGCUGGCAGAUCGUCCCCCACGCCAGCUCUCCGCCUGGGUUUUGGUCGCAGGAAGGACGACCUUUCAGGGCCCGGCUCAGUGGGUUCUUCGUGGCUCCAGAGACAAAUAACUACACCUUUUGGCUCCAGGCAGACAGCCGAGCGGCCUUGCAUUUCAGCCGGUCAGGGGAGCCGGGAGACAAGGUGAGGGUGGCCUUCCUGGGGGUCGGCACUGCGGACUGGUUCGACUCCUGGGAGCAGCACGGGGCGGAGGGGGCGUGGCAGCAGAAGGCCCCCAAGGUGGAGCUGCGGGGCGGAGCCAGGUACUACCUGGAGGCGGAGCACUGGGGGACGGCGCCCAGCCGCGGGCUGAGAGUGGGCGUCCAGCUCCACAACACCCGGCUGACGCCCGGCGCGGCCCCCACCUACCUCCACGAGAAGCACCAGCUCCGCGCCCGCGCCCUGAGGCGCCCCGAAGUGCAGAUGCUGAACGUGUCGGGCCUGGGAAGCUUCGUCCUCGCCUGGGCCGAGGCCCACAGCCCGCCGCUGCCGGCGGACGCCACGGCUCACCAGAUCCAAGCCGGCAUCGAGGCGCUGCUCGCGGUGGAGUGCCGGCUGGAGCCAGCUUCAGCCGGCGUGCUGCUCAGGCUUGGCUUUGAACAGGGCCUAGAAGGUUCCAGCUCGGAUGGGGUCCUCACGCGCGGCACGGAGCCCUUCUGUGGCAGGUUCAGCCUCUGCCAGCCCCGGCGCCUGGUGGUCACCCCUCCGGCGAUGCCAAGGGGCUACCGGCUGGAUCGGUUCCCCCACCUGUGUGUGGCUCUCAAGGGCCUGGCGGACGCCGUCCUGCGGGUGGUGGUGACCUUCGCCGCUGGCCCCCGAGAUGCCCCCGAGAACGUGACCUGUGCAUGGAGCCCCGGGGCCGCGGGGCCCGAGAGAUGGCAGUUCGCGUGCACUGACCUGCGGGACGCGUGUGUGCGCAGUUCCAGGGCCCCGCGGCCCCUGGCAGCGCGCGUGCCCCUGCUGGUGUGGCGACUCCACCUCCUCCCCGGAGCCCCGGAGCCCCGCGCGCUGUGCGUGGACGAAGUCGUCAUCGCAGACGCCAGCCUCACAGUUUCUCGAGCUGACUUGGGAAGCGCCCAGCCCCGUGGGCCUCUGGUGGACUCGGUCUCCGUGGUGGGAUCGCCUCCCGUCUUCAACGUCUCCGUCUGGCCGGCGGGGUGCGGCGUGCGCGUGCCCCUCCUCACCGCCAGCUCCGUGUCCACCCAAGCGGCAGAAGAAGGUUCUGGACUCCCGCGGGCGACGGCGCAGAGGCUGCAGGGGCCGAGCCCGCCCCUGGGCGGCCACUUCAGCCUCCGGCUCCCGCACACGGUGAUUCGGGGCAUCCCCGCGCACACGCCCGCCCCCGAGCUCCGCCGGCUCCUGGGGGCCCACGCCGAGGGGGGCGCCGCGGCCGGCCUCGCGGUGGAGGAGCGCGGCUCCUGCUACGAGCGCGCGUGGAGCCUGUCCUGGCCCGCCCGGAGCGGGGACCUGCCGGAGCUCGUCGGGGUUUCCCACCACAAUCUCACGGGAGCGAAUCCCGCCGUGGACAUUCGCGUGGUGUACGACGGUGGGAUUUUCCUUGGACCCAUCUUUGGAGACAUGCUGGCUACUGCGAACCAGAAAACUCAGGUGGUGGUGGAGGUGAACGAUGUGCCCGCUCGCUGCGCAGGUUCCUGCUCCUUCCAGUACCUUCCGGCGGCGACGCCCAGGGUCCGCUCCGCGGGCUACUCCCUGGAGGGUGACACCAGCCUCCUGGUGUACGUGGUUGGGAGUGGUUUCCCGGCUGCCGCCCGGGCCUUACGGGUCACCGUGAACAGAACAGAUUGCCAAGUUGUCGCCUCGAACCAAACCCACGUGGUCUGCCGGACGGGCCUGCUCCCGGCGGGAGCGCACCGGGUCUCCGUGCGGGUGAGGCCGGCGGGCCUGGCCGUGGGCGCCGGCGGCGAGGGCCUCGUGCUGUCCGUGGGGCCCAGGCUGGAGGCCGUGGGGACCAGCAGAGCCGCGGAGAUGGGAGGACUCUGGGCCGCGGUUCGGGGGCCCAGCGUGGAAGGGGUUCGCCUGGUGUUACGUGGAUCUCAGCCCUGCACCGUCAGCACCACAGCCGGCGAUUCCCAGAGGAUCCUGUGCCAAGUUCCACCCGGGGGGGAAGAUGGAUACACUGUAAACGUGACGGUGGUCAGAGCUGCUCACUCGGCCGUUCUUGCCAGGGCGUUCACUUACGUCCCUUCUUUGAACCCGGCGGUUGAGUCCCUGAGCAGAAACCAAAGCACCACAGCAGGCGGUGAGUGGCUCGUCCUGGGCGUGGCCCUGCUGGAGGAUCACACAGAUCUGGAGGUGGAAGUCCGCACCGGGGACAGCGUGGCCCGGCUGCGCGCGCGGACGGCGCGGGGCCCGGAGGGGGUGCUGCCCCCCGGCCUCGGCGGCCUCGCAGUCUCCAUCGGCGGGAUCGGCGCUGGCCCCCAGGGGGUUCAUCUUCAUAUCCAGUACAUCGCAGGAGCUUUUCCCAUGAGUCCUUGCUGUGGGUCCCUUCUGGGCUCCCUGCGCGGAGGGCUGGUGCACGUGUUCGGAGCAGGGCUUUCUCCGGGGAACACCUCAGCCACCGUGUGCGGUGCUCCUUGCCGGGUCUUGCCGAAUGCCACCGCGUCUGCCUUCACCUGCGCGGUUCUGCCCCUGGCUGUGUCCUUGGCUCCCUUGUGUGACCUGCAGCACGGGGUGGAUGCCUGUGGAGGGGCCGGGCACACAUAUGUGCGGUGCGACCUGACUGUCACCGUGGGGACAGAGACGCUGCCCAAGGCCUGGCCUUACUUCUACGUGUGUGACGAGAGUCUGCAGGGCCUCGUUGUCCCGGCUCGCUGGACGGAGCUGGCCUCUCUGUCGUUCUCUGGCCUCUUUGUCAGCCCUAAAGUGGAAAGAGAUGAAAUUCUCAUCUAUAAUAGCUCCUGUAACAUUACCAUGGAAACUGAGGCAGAGAUGGAGUGCGAGACGCCUAAUCAGCCAAUUACUGCCAAGAUUACUGAGAUACGGGAAAGCUGGGGCCAGGACACUCAGGGCGGCUUUGCCUUCCGGCUCUGCCCCAGGUGGAGCCGGGCUCACAGCUGGCCUUCCUCAGGGACGCCACAAGAUGGCGACAAUGUCACGGUGGAGAGGGGCCGGUGGCUUCUCCUGGACACCAACACCAGCCUCCUCAACUUGCUGCACAUCAAAGGAGGCAAGCUGAUUUUCCUGGGCCCGGGACCCCUGGAGCUCAGGGCCCACUCCAUUCUCAUUUCCGACGGCGGGGAGCUCCGCGUGGGAACGGAGGACAGACCCUUCGCGGGCGCGGCUCAGAUCACCCUGCACGGGAGCUCCCGCUCGCCGCCCUUCCACCCCUACGGCGUCAAGUUCCUGGCUGUGCGGAACGGAACCCUCGCCCUGCACGGUUCACUGCCGGAAGUCCUCGUCACCCAUCUCGGGGCGGCGGCCCGUGCUCGGGACACCGCGCUGCUCCUGGAGGAUGCGGUGGACUGGCCCGGCGGGGCGGACGUCGCCGUCGUCAGCGGAACCGGCGUGGGCGGGGCGCAGCCCCUGGAGGAGGUCAGCACCGUGGAAGCGGUGCACGGAGCGGUCCUUCAUCUGAGGUCGCCCUUGAGGUAUUCUCACAACUUUACCGAGAGCUGGGUGUCCGGAGAGCGUCGUGUGUUCAAGGCCAUGGUGGUGCUGCUCAGCAGGAAGAUUUCCAUCCGUGGGAAUCUCACGACUGAGAGAAGGGAGUUCCUCGCCUCCUGCCAGGAGGCGGGUGCUUCUGAAGACGAUCUGGAGCACUGCUUGUAUUCCAAAAGUGAGAAGAGACUAGGAUCCCGGGACCUGGGGGCCAGAGUCGUUGUCCAGUCCUCCCCCGAGGAGCCCAGUCUGGUCCAGAUGAGAGGAGUGCAACUCCGAGACCUGGGGCAAGCCUUCCGGAAGCACACGAGCGCCCUCACGCUGGCGGGAGCGCUGAGAGGUUCCUAUGUUCACGGCUGCACGGUGAGGAACUCCUUUAGCAGGGGCCUCAGUAUGCACGAUACCUGGGGCUUGAGGGUGGACAGCAAUGUCUUCUACAAGAUUUCAGGCCAUGCACUGCUGGUAGGGAUGCCAUUGGAUAUAAGGAACCUAUCCCACGACGCCAGUCCUGGAAGCAAACGUGACUGGGCAGAACAGGGCAAUAUAAUAACGAACAAUGUCAUCAUCGGCGUUUCUGGUGCUGAGGGUCUUUCUAGUUUGGAAACACUGGCCCCGGCCGGCAUCUAUAUCCGCAGUCCCACCAAUGUGAUAGAGGGGAACAGAGUGUGUGCGGCCGGCUAUGGCUACUUUUUCCAUCUUGUGACCAGACCAGCAUCACAAGCUCCACUCCUGGCGUUCACGCGGAACACGGCCCACGCUUGUACAAGGUAUGGCCUCUUCGUAUACCCUAAAUUUCAGCCGCCUUGGGACCCUGACAGGGGACGCACUUUGUUCCAGAAUUUCAUGGUUUGGGGAAGCGCAGGCGGGGCCCAGAUUUCUAAAAGCAGCAAUCUUCACCUGAAAAACUUCCAAGUGUAUUCAUGCAGAGAUUUUGGAAUCGACAUCUUGGAAAGUGAUGAAAAUACUUUGGUUUCCAACAGCUUAUUACUUGGUCAUUUUGCUGAUGAGAGAAAUCCGUGCAUGUCAGCUGGGAUUAAAACUCCCAAAAGAUGGGAACUGAUGAUUUCGAACACAACUUUUGUUAAUUUUGAUCUUUCCAACUGUGUGGCCAUCAGAACCUGUUCUGGCUGUUCUCAAGGACAGGGUGGCUUUACGGUGACAACCAACCAGUUGACGUUCGCCAACUCUCCAAACGUGGCCGCGUUUCCGUUUGCCCACGCCGCGGUUCUGGAAGAUGCGGACGGGUCUCUGUCGGGGAAGAGCGGAAGUCGCGUCCUGGCGUCCGUGGAAACCCUCCCGGCUUCCUGCUCCCCCAGCGCCGCCUUCAGCGGCCUGGUCCUCGGCAGCGUCUGUGGGGAAGGCGUCGUUUUCCAUCGCAUGUCUAUUGGCUUGGCAAACGCUCCCGACGUGUCUUACGACUUGACCUUGAUUGACAGCAGAAACGGGACCACCGCGGUCCCGUACGUGAAUGACACGUUGUCUCACCGGUUCGGCUGGGUGGCUCUGCUCGUGGACGGGGAGACCUACGCGUUGCGAUUCGAGAGUCCGCGCGCCAACGGCUCUCUGCAGUACUCGGCCACCCUUGACAGCUUUGCCCCGGGGCGCGCCCUCCUGCUGGAGCACACAGGCCUCCCGCGGAGCCCGGAGGUCGGGGUGCGCUGCGGGCGGCGCCCGGGGAGGCCCCUCCCCGCCCUCCCGUCGCCCGGCCGGGACCAGCCCUGCGAUUGGUUCUUCAGUGUGCGGCAGAGGAGACUCACCUACCUGGUUUCAGGCAAAGGCCAAGUCCGAGUGGUGCUCCAGGUGACGGAAGGUGUGUCCCCGACUCCCGCAGCAUCUACCUCGGAACCAGCUGGCCCGCUGCGAUGGUCUCACCCCGAGACGUGGCAGGGCGUGGACAAGGGAUGGGGCGGAUACAACGGCACGCCUCCGGGCCCCGGGGAUGAUGUCAUCAUUCCACCCAACAGGACUGUGCUCGUGGACAUAGAUCUACCGCGGCUCCGAGGUCUCUACGUGAUGGGGACGCUGGAGUUCCCCGUGGACAGGAGCAACGUUCUGAGCGUGGCCUGCCUGGCCAUCCUAGGAGGCGAGCUGAGAGCCGGGACUUUAGAAAAUCCCUUAGGAAAAGAACACAAGCUUCUGAUUCACCUUCGAGCCUCAGAAGGAGUCUCUUGUGACCGCCUCUAUGGAAUUCGAGUUGACCCAGGAAUGAUUGGGGUUUAUGGGAAACUUCAACUGCACAGUGCUUAUCCUAAGAAAUCUUGGACACAGCUUGGAGCUGAUAUUGCCCCCGGGAAUGAGAGGAUUGUAGUGGAGGAGGCACUGGACUGGCACCCCCAGGACAAGAUCGUGCUCUGCCCUUCUUCCUAUGAGCCCCACGAAGCGGAGGUCCUCACCGUGAGAGAGGUCCGGGGCCGCCUGGUGAGGAUCCACGAGCGUCUCAGACAUCGGCACGUGGGAGGUGCCCACGUCAUGGAAGACGGUCGAAGCAUCCGCUUGGCUGUUGCUGUUGGACUCCUGACUCGAAACGUGCAGAUCCGGCCUGACGCAGCAUGUCGGGCGAGAAUCCUGGUGGGGUCUUUCAGGAAGUCCACUGGAGAAGAAUUUUCAGGUACGCUGCGGCUUCGCAAUGUGGAAAUUCAGGACCUCGGGUCGCCUUCGGGCCCAUCCAUUGCCCUCACGAAUGCAUCGGGGGGUUCCUGGGUAAUGUCCUCCGCGCUGCGCCAGAGCUGUGGUGGCGGCCUUCACGCGUCUGGCGGUCCGGGACUCAUCUUAAAGGACAAUGUGGUGUUUGGCACGGUUGGCCACGGCAUUGAUUUGGAGGGCCAGGCCCAUGUGCUCAGUAAGAAUCUUGUGGUUCUGGUGACACAGCCGGCGUGGUCCACCCCGUGGGUGGCAGGGAUCAAAGUGAACAGGGCCACGGAGGUCAGCCUCCGUGGCAACGUGGUGGCGGGAUCUGAGAGGCUUGGCUUCCACGUGGGAGCACACGGAUGCUCCCCUCAGGUGCUCUGGUCUGACAACGUGGCCCAUUCCAGCCUUCAUGGAGUGCAUCUCUACAGGGAGAGGUCAAGGGAUGGCUGCAUCACCAUCUCUGGCUUCCUGGCUUUCAAGAACUUUGACUAUGGAGCCAUGGUGCAGGCGGAAAAUAGUGUGGCCCUAGAGAACCUCAUUCUGGUGGACAAUACCAUCGGUCUUCUGGCCGUGGUGUAUGUGUCUUCUGCUUCACUGAGCUCCGUCAGAACUGUGCAGAUUGUAGUUAAGAAUUCCACCGUUGUGGCUACCAGCUCCUCUUUCGAUUGCAUUCAGGACAGGACAAAGCCUCGCUCGGCCAACUCGACGUCACCAGAGAGGCCACCUUCCAGCCCAAGAGGAGGUCGGGUUGGUAUUCUGUGGCCCGUGUUCACCUCAGAACCGAACCAGUGGCCUCAGGAGCCGUGGCACAAAGUCAGGAAUGGCCAGGCUGUUGCAGGAAUCGUGAAACUUCAAGAUGUCACCUUCUCUAAUUUUGGGAGGAGUUGCCAUGGUGACGACAUGGACGUCUGCCUUCUUCCCAACGCCGAGAGCGCUGGGCUGGUGCAUCCAAUAACAGCAGAGAGGACCCGGAUGCUGAAGACAGAGGACAGGACUAAGUUUGACUUCUCCCCGCUGCGUCCCAGGAAAGAUUUAGAAGGAGUGAUCUGCCCUGAAUCAAACUGUGAAAAUCCGAGGAAAUAUCUCUUCAAGGACCUGGAUGGGAGGACCCUGGGUUUACCACCACCGGUUUCUGUGUUCCCUAAAGUCGAGGCAGAGUGGACCGGCUCCUUCUUCAACACGGGUGUGUUUAGAGAAGAGCGGAGGUGCACAUCUCCAUGGCCGGCGCAGAGCUUCAUCUGCAGGGAGGCUGACCGCGUGGUCCUGCUUCUCACCAGCGCCGAGGUCACCUGGGCAAACCGGAAGUCGUAUCCUGUCGUCUCCGUGACUAAUGGCUUUGUGGACACAUUUAGCAGCGCCCAGGCCGGUACCGGCUGCCCUUCCUCUGGCUCUGUGUCUACUUUCUAUUCCAUUUUACCCACCAGGCAAACCACCAGAGUCUGCUUUGUGGAUCAGACCCCUCAAAGUUUGCAGUUUCUUCUAUUGGGGAACAGCAAUACCUCCAAACUUCUCUUGGCUCUGUUCUACCAUGAGCUCCAGAGUCCCAAUGUUUUCUUAAGGGGCGGUCUCAUUCCACCUGUUGUUGUACAGUCAGUUUCCUCAUUGCUGGAGGAGUCAGUGGGCGCCAACUAUUUCAGUGUCAUGGACAACCUCUUGUACGUCGUUCUGCAAGGAGAGGAGCCCAUUGAAAUACGCACAGGGGUGUCCAUCCACGUGGCCUUCACGGUGACAGGUGCACCCCCUGGGAAAGGCUGGGACGUGGUGAUGUUGGAAAGGCUCGUGGAUUUCCUACGGAUCCACCCGAGCCAACUCCGCUUUACCCACAAGAUGCCUGGCGACGAGGGGACCUUAAGAGCCAUUGCUGACAGCGGAGCGAAGAGAAAGCAUGCUUGCCCAACCGUCUCGUGUGCCGGUUAUUCUAGAAGAGUUGGUCUGCGUAGACCACUUGGGGUGGAAAGGCGCCCAUCCAGGGUCUCGCCACCUACCACGGUGGAAACUGUCUCAAAAGUGUUUGUCACCGAAAUCGGCGAUCCCUUGGCAGUAAGGAGGACGGGAGAGACUCUGUCCUUGUCAAGCGCCAAACUGCAGGAUUUGGCUGGCCAGCUCAUCACUGCUCAGCAGACGGGGGAGCUGGAGGCUGUCCUCAGUGUGACCGUGGGGGCCUUGCUGGUGACCCGGCCAGAGGGAGUCACGGGCCACGGAAAUGCAAGCAGCUCGGGACCUGGGAACGUGGUGUACGUCCGGCCCUGGGCCCUUUCCGUCCUGGUGCAGCCUUCCGAUGGAGAAGUGGGGAAGGAACUCCCGGUGCAACCUCAACUUGUUGUUCUGGAUGGGCAGAGUCGAAGGGUGGAGUCGCUGGGGACGCCUUCCGUGCCUUGGAGCAUCUCGGUUUCCCUGGAAGGGACAGCGGAUUCAGUGCUGAAAGGUUGUACUCAGGCAGAAACACAAGAUGGUUACGUGAGCUUCUCUAACUUGGCAGUGCUGAUCUCAGGGUCGAACUGGCACUUUAUUUUUACUGUUACUUCCCCUGCAGGAGUCAACUUGACGGCGCGGUCCCGGCCCUUCGCCGUGCUGCCGGCGGCUGGGAAGGAGCGCUGGGCUGCGGUCCUGGCCGCCUCGCUGGGCUCCGCCGUCUCCUGGCUGGCUCUCAGCUGUCUGCUGUGCUGUUGGCUUAGGAAAAGUCGACACAGAAAAACAAGGCCGGAGGAGACAUCCGGACCUGGACGCCAAGGAUCACAAGAAGAGACCGCAAAGGACCGCUCCAUGACAGGAGGAGGUGAGCUUGUGGAGACCCCUGUGGGUGAGCCGUCUCCCCCUUCUCCCCUGUAUGGAGUUUCUGAAGCAAUUUGCUUUACAGCCCCCUCUUUAAAUCUUGCUACUUUUCCUCAAGGACGUCAUACCCCAGUACAGGAAUACACUGCCUCACCCCAUUCACUUAGCUGUUGUACGGCAGCUCCUGUUUCAGUACCAAGAGAUCCGAGGACCCCGGGGGCGCCGCACCACCGCGCCCCGCGGCCCCUGGACGGGGUGUCCCGGAGGACGGGGCGGCGCGGGCCCGCUGCGGAGGAGGCGGCGGCGGCGGAGGCGGAGGCGGAGGCGGGGCGCCCGGGGGCCCCGCGGGCGGCCGCGGUGACGGGGACCUGGAAGGCGGAGCCGGCGCGGUUGCUCCGAGCCCAGCUGGCGGGCCGGGCCCAGCUGCUCCUCCGGCGCCCGGAUCCCAGGCAGCGCCGGCAGCUGGGGCCGGGCCGGAGCCGUGGGAACCGGGAGGGAAGCAGCUUGGGGCGUUCCCAAGAGAACGGGGCGCCCCGCGCCGCCGCCCCGGCGGAGACGACGGUGGAGAGCGAGGCGCAGCCCGAGCGCGCGCGGGGCGCGCCGUGA